CUCAGAGUCAAGAUCUCCACUGAAGUUGGCAUCACAAAUGUCGAUCUUUCCACUGUGGAUAAGGAUCAGAGCAUUGCACCCAAAACUACUCGAGUGACCUAUCCAGCCAAAGCAAAGGGCACAUUCGUCGCAGACAGCCACCAGAACUUCGCCUUGUUCUUCCAGCUGGUGGAUGUGAACACUGGUGCUGAGCUCACCCCUCACCAGACAUUUGUCCGACUCCAUAACCAGAAGACCGGCCAAGAAGUGGUGUUUGUUGCUGAGCCAGACAACAAGAAUGUGUAUAAGUUUGAACUGGACACCUCUGAAAGAAAGAUCGAGUUUGACUCUGCCUCAGGCACCUACACUCUCUACUUAAUCAUUGGAGAUGCCACUUUGAAGAACCCAAUUCUAUGGAAUGUGGCUGAUGUCAUCAUCAAGUUCCCUGAAGAAGAAGCUCCCUCCACUGUCCUGUCUCAGAACCUUUUCACCCCAAAACAGGAAAUCCAGCACCUGUUCCGCGAGCCUGAAAAGAGGCCCCCCACAGUGGUGUCUAAUACAUUCACGGCCCUGAUCCUCUCGCCCUUGCUCCUGCUCUUUGCUCUGUGGAUCCGGAUUGGUGCCAAUGUCUCCAACUUCACUUUUGCUCCUAGCACAAUUAUCUUUCACCUGGGACAUGCUGCUAUGCUGGGGCUCAUGUAUGUCUACUGGACUCAGCUCAACAUGUUUCAGACCCUGAAGUACCUGGCCAUCCUGGGCAGUGUGACGUUUCUGGCUGGCAAUCGAUGCUGGCCAAACAGGCAGUCAAGAAGGUAA